GUUGACUGAUAAGAGACUACCUAUAAAAGCCAAUAGGUAAUUUCAUCUCCCUAUUGUUCGGUGCAAGAUGACUGUCUUAAACUCUUUGGUCUUUGUAAUUUAUGCCAUGAUUGUCACAGGUCAUGUCUUAGGUAACCAAAACACUUCAGAUUUCCAUGAAACUAAUUUUACCAGAGGCGAAGAGUGUGCAAGAAAAUGUGAUGGUGUUCCUAAAACUUGUUAUUUCUUAUUUGUUAUUAAAAGAUACACUACCGUUGGAGGAGCUUGCGGAAACUGCCUAAAGGGUGUUUUUGAAGAUUGCUUUCUACCAAAAUGUGUUACCGCUGAUGGUGCCUGGAGAUCCACUAUUAAUGUCAACCGACAAAUGCCUGGACCGCCUAUUGAGGUCUGUCGAGGCGAUAAGGUAGUCGUUGAUGUUGUUAAUCAAAUGCCCGAUGGAACAACCUCUAUGCAUUGGCAUGGUAUCAAUCAAUAUGGUAGCCAAUACUCUGAUGGCGUUCCUUAUGUUACUCAGUGUCCUAUAUCUCCUGGGACUACCUUUAGAUAUGUCUUCAAGGUAGAUAUUGCUGGAACUAAUUUCUACCAUUCACAUACUGCUGUACAGAAAGUGGAUGGACUUGUUGGUCCACUAAUUGUCAAAGAAAUAGAACAAGAAGAACCGCUGCUUCCUUUGUAUGAUGAAGAUCUUCCUGAGCAUGUAAUAAUGAUUCAAGAUUGGACCAAAAUACCUGGAGAACAUUUCAUUCCUGGUGUGAGGAAUGGUAGUCGAAGUCCAAGCGCAUAUUUGAUCAAUGGGCGAAGCAUGUAUUAUUUGAGAAACUCUAGCUUAAAGUUACCUUUGUCAGAAUUUAUAAUUGAAAAAGGAAAGCGUUACAGAUUUCGAUUGAUUGGAUCUACUUGCCUUACUUGCGCUGUUGUUGUUAAAUUCCAAGGACAUAGAGUAUUAGCUAUCUCUGCGGAUGGAGGGCUACGAUUUAAACCUAUACCAGUUGACACCAUUGUUCUCAAUUCAGGAGAACGUUUUGAUGUCAUUCUUGAAGCAAAUCAAACUGAAGAUUUAUAUCUUCUUCAUUUGCAAAGUUUAGGAAAGUUCUGCAGUCCUGAGCCAUAUGUGGCAUUAUUAUCUUAUAAAUCAGUAGUAGAACAUAAAUCUAAGGACAUUGGGUUGCCCAAACCAUUGAGCUACGAAGAACUUGGUGUUAUAUUUAAUGCUGUAAUGUCCACUUGUGAUGGGAAAAAUAGCAAUGAAGUUUGUAUUUCUCAUCUGGAAGGAGUUGAAGAUGCUAUUGAACAUAAAUUGUCUAAAAAAUCUUAUCACCAACUUCAUAUUGCACUUGGAGAGUACCAAUAUGAUGAUGAUGACUUGUUUAGAAGUGGAACUUAUCAGCCUUAUGAUGAACCUGCUGAUGGCGUGAGAGUCAAAGUACUUGUAAAUAAUAUUUCAUUUAUGUCUCCUCCCUCUCCUUUGAUUAGCCAGUUUUAUGACAUUCCGAAAAAUUGUCUUUGUCAAGAAGAAUGCUAUCAACCAACAAAGGAGAAACCUUGUAGCUGUGUCAAUCUAUACUCAAUACCUCUUGGGGCUGUUGUUGACUUAAUAAUUUAUGAUACAGAUGACAGAAAAUUUUUCAGUCAUCCAAUGCAUCUUCAUGGAUACAAUUUUUACUUACUUGAAAUGGGAGUUUUAAAGGAAAAUAAUGAAGAUAAAAGAAUGGAAUUGGCUUCAAUAAGCAAAAAAUUAAAAGAGGAUAACUUGAAUCUUAAGUUGAGACCAAUGAGAGACAGUAUCAGUAUUCCUGCUGGAGGUUAUGCUCUUGUCAGAUUUAUUGCAAAUAAUCCAGGUUUCUGGUUAAUUCACUGUCAUUAUGCAUUUCACUUGGAUUCAGGAAUGGCUGCUGUUUUAAAAAUUGGUGAAAAACAUCAUCUUCCGGAAAUCCCAAAUAAGUUUCCAAAAUGUGGAAAUUUCAUGCAGAAUGUUUUGUAAAUUAGUUAUUGUAAUAAAUAAAUCUGCAU